GACGAGUACCUUGGCGCAGAAUAUGAAUGUGCUUAUGAGAGCUUCUGCCCUGAUCCUUGUUGCCAUGGCGUUCACUCGUCGUCCAAAAUAUUUUCAUCGAGAAAAUGUGCUCUAAAUAAUUGUGUGCGUAGGGAUCGAUGCAGUAUUGAGGCGGAGUUCAACGACGAUUUUGUGGCAAUGAGAAAGAAUCGCUGGAACAUCACAUGUCCUUGUGGACGUGGUCUGAUGUAUAGAGCUGAUGUCGAGACAUGCGUUCACGCGGACCUCUGCAGUGAAGAGAACAGGUGUCCUGGUACGUUUUUCUUUGCUUCACAGCUCUAUAAUCAGCAGUUUGAUUAG